AAUCUAAAUGCCACAAGUAGAAUUAUCGAAAUAAGCUUACAUAUAAAGAAAAAAAAGAAAAGAAAAAAGAGAGAGGAAGAAUCGUGGUGAUGGCUUCGACUCCGAAGCUUACUAGUACAAUUUCAUCUUCUCCAUCUCUUCAAAUCCUCUGCAAAAAGCUCCCAAUCGCAAUUCAUCUACCAUCAUCAUCAUCUUCUUACUCUAGCUUUCUCUCGCUUCCUAAAACCCUAACCUCUCUCUAUUCUCUACGUCCCCGUAUCGCCGUACUCUCAAACCACCGGUAUUACCACUCUCGCCGGUUUUCUGUUCGUGCCAGUACUGAUAAUGGAGCUGACUCCGAGCGCCACUACGAUUUUGAUCUCUUCACUAUCGGUGCCGGAAGCGGCGGCGUCCGCGCUUCUCGCAUCUCAACUAGCUUCGGUGCAUCCGCCGCCGUUUGCGAGCUUCCUUUUUCCACCAUCUCUUCUGAUACAGCUGGAGGCGUCGGAGGAACGUGUGUACUGAGAGGAUGUGUUCCAAAGAAGUUGCUUGUGUAUGCGUCCAAAUACAGUCACGAGUUUGAAGACAGUCAUGGAUUUGGUUGGAAGUAUGAGACUGAGCCUUCUCAUGAUUGGACUACUUUGAUUGCUAACAAGAAUGCUGAGUUGCAGCGGUUGACUGGUAUUUAUAAGAAUAUACUUAGCAAAGCUAAUGUCAAGUUGAUUGAAGGUCGUGGAAAGGUCAUAGACCCACACACUGUUGAUGUAGAUGGGAAAAUCUAUACUACGAGAAAUAUUCUGAUUGCAGUUGGUGGACGUCCGUUCAUUCCUGACAUUCCAGGAAAAGAGUUUGCUAUUGAUUCUGAUGCCGCUCUUGAUUUGCCUUCCAAGCCCAAGAAAAUUGCAAUCGUUGGUGGUGGCUACAUAGCCCUGGAGUUUGCGGGCAUCUUUAAUGGUCUUAAUAGUGAAGUUCAUGUAUUUAUAAGGCAAAAGAAGGUUCUGAGGGGAUUUGAUGAAGACGUCAGGGAUUUUGUUGGAGAGCAGAUGUCUUUAAGAGGCAUUGAGUUUCACACUGAAGAAUCCCCUGAAGCCAUCAUCAAAGCUGGAGAUGGCUCGUUGUCUCUGAAGACCAGCAAGGGAACUGUUGAGGGAUUUUCGCAUGUUAUGUUUGCAACUGGUCGCAAGCCCAACACAAAGAACUUAGGGUUGGAGAAUGUUGGCGUAAAAAUGGCGAAAAAUGGAGCAAUAGAGGUUGACGAAUAUUCACAGACCUCUGUUCCAUCCAUUUGGGCUGUUGGGGAUGUCACUGACCGAAUCAAUUUGACUCCAGUUGCUUUGAUGGAGGGAGGUGCAUUGGCUAAAACUUUGUUUCAAAAUGAGCCAACAAAGCCUGAUUAUAGAGCUGUUCCCUGCGCCGUUUUCUCCCAGCCACCUAUUGGAACAGUUGGUCUAACUGAAGAGCAGGCCAUAGAACAAUAUGGUGAUGUCGAUGUUUUCACAUCAAACUUUAGGCCAUUAAAGGCUACGCUUUCAGGACUUCCAGACCGGGUGUUCAUGAAACUCAUUGUCUGUGCAAACACCAAUAAAGUUCUCGGUGUUCACAUGUGUGGAGAGGAUUCACCAGAAAUCAUCCAGGGAUUUGGGGUUGCAGUUAAAGCUGGGUUAACUAAGGCCGACUUUGAUGCAACAGUGGGUGUUCACCCCACAGCGGCUGAGGAGUUUGUCACUAUGAGGACUCCAACCAGGAAAAUCCGCAAAGACUCCUCUGAGGGAAAGGCAAGUCCUGAAGCUAAAACAGCUGCUGGGGUGUAGAGAAGGUUGCAAAAAAGAUUGUAUUUACGGCAUUGGAGCUCCCUGACAAGGAGAACAUUGUGUCUGUGAAGAAGAAGAACUUUUGUUUUUUUCUGGCAGAGAAUAAUUUUUGAUAAUGUCG